ACACAAAUUUUUUCUUCAUCUUAAUUCUCUUGCAAGAAUUGGUGCUGUAUAGCAAUGCUAUCGUGUUUACCUUGACACUUUGUUUAAGCUACAGCUGCAUAUCAUUGGCCCAUCCAUAGGCUACAGCCUUCUUGUGUCCAGUCAUGUCGUUCGGCACAAAUAUCGACUUCAAUACGCUGACAAUGUUCAACAGCACACAGGAUUGGCGCCUUCCGAGUCCUUCCUCAACUCCAACAUCUCCAAGCAUCCAAGAUCACCUAUUGCUGACUCCCAAGACUGCCCCCUCGCACUCUCACUUUCUGGAUGCAUUUACUACUCCUGAUGUCAAUGCUGCCAGCACACCACACCUGACACCGUUGUUCACAUUCGACUCUCCCGUCUUCAGUCAUAGCAAGAACAGACUUCGUAGCCCAGAGGAUCCGAGCUUUCAUGUCAACCACUUCUCGCAAGACCUCACACUGCUCCCAGUCGAGCCUUCCCGCCGAUUGACAUCCUCACCAAACCCAUCCUCUACCCCAGUCAAGCAGCGGGAGGUGCACCACAGAUCCAAGAUUACGUCAAAAUUGCCCUCGAACUCAGAGAUGGACCCUUCCCAAAUCCAGACCCCUCCUCCUACACGAGAUUCUUCCUCUCGCAAGAAACAUGGUCAGCCACAAAGCGUGUACCGUAAUAUAACUCCUGCGACUACUGGUCACAGAUCAACUCAAGUCUCAACCCCAGUGAACCAAAAUGCUUUCAAUUCGACUCCAGUGCAAUUCCCUUCACUCCGGUCAUCCACAAGCGGAACCCCAAUCUUCGAUGCUGGACCCUUGACCACUCCUAUCUAUUCCCAGCGGCUUUUCUGGGAGGAUGACUCUGUGCAGCAAGAUAUGGGGAUGAAUGUAAACCUGUCCGUAGAUCCGUUCGGACCUACACCAGGGCGGAACAAUACACCCUUUGGCUGGCCUUUAGUCGAUUCGGGCAACCAAAUGCAAUUCAACGACCUCUCGCAGCAUAACACAACGAAUGCGUCGGACACAAGUUUACCAUUCACUUCCACCAGCGGUGAUGGCCUGACCACUAGCAGUUUUACAACCGGGUCAUUCGCGGCUACCUCAGGGGUAGAUCCGUCAAUGCUGUUCAGUUUUGGUGGGCCUUUCGAUAUGAGCGGAUCGAAUAAAGACCUUACAGAUAACCAACCUGUCGUCGACCAUCUGGGGCGGCGGCCUUACGAACAACAAACAAGAGAGUUUGAACAAGAGCGCCAGCAGCGUGAGCUAGCAAAACAGCGCAAACAGCAGCAACAUUCCCGUACUAAUACAACUUCAUCGUCAGGAUCCAGUGGCCAGCCCUCUCGACCCCUGAUUCAGAGAAGUAGAACAGAAAGUACGAUAUGGCGCGACUCCAACACUGCUUUUGCACAAUCCCGAACGCCCACGUCGAGCAGCCAAUUGGAACACAUACCUCGCAGGUCAUCCCCGUUGAAACGCCUUAGCAGUCAAGGAGGCCUCAGUGCGAUUGCUGAGACGAACCGCAGCCGGCCACGGACACGUCUAGUCAUUGAUGAGUCUGGUCGUGCCAGGACCGAGACAGACCCUUAUGUUCAAGCCCGGCAAGAAAAGACACCACAACCCAAGUACCGGACGCAGUAUCCAGGUCAUUGGGACACUGACGACAGCAGUGAAGAAGACGAGGAUCGGCCUGUGUCUAGUCGCACAAACUCUUUCGCUUUCCCUGCUUCAUCUACAAGACCCUCUUCUAAACAUGCACGUGAUAGCCUAGGCAAGUCUGGCAGUGCAAAGAAGGCUCGUCCCACAUCAUUCAUUUCCCUGACCAAGGCGUUCGAGAAGCCCGGUCCAGACGAAAUCAGCGAUAGUCUGAGAAGAUAUAGCAUGUCCAGCUUCAACGAUUCUCUAGGCCUGUCGAGUGUGAGUGCCACCGAGCCAGGCGACGCCCAACACGCUUUGAAAGCGAUACGUCAAGGUCGUGAAGGGCGUAUUAGGACCCAACAACGAGCGGCACAGAACACACUGAACGCGCACAACAAACGAUGGUCGCAGGCUGCUGCCGUGGACAUUAUGAAGCUCUCUUAUGCGGAUCCCUUCACAUCAUCACCCACAAAUCGCACCGCUGACCAGUCCCUUGAUUUCGCGACGCCAAGCACAGAUCGUAGUAGUGCAUCAGCGGACAGUACACGCUGCGUUUGCAUGUCUCUCGAGGGAGAAGGGCUUAUGAUACAAUGCGAAUCGUGCACCAAAUGGCUCCAUGCCACCUGCGUUGGUGUACAUCCACAGAACGUUCCAUCCGUCUACUUAUGUACUUUCUGCACCGGUAGUACCCCAGCAGCACGAGGAGGCAGAGCAAGAGAGCCAAUGAUGCGAGCUCCAGUGAACGCAUACGCCAAUACAAGUCCAUUAAAGCACAAGUCAACAUACCGACGAUAGUGGACCAUGUCGGCCUCGACUGUUACGGGUCACUACCUCACCUGUGACAUCACACACUCCUGUACCUUCACUGGCUUUACUUGUUGCAUAGCACUUCAUUUGUACAGCAUAUACUCCGGAUGAUCCUGAUCAGUGCAUCAUUUCUCUGCACAUCGUAGAUGACCUCAUCAACCCAUAAUUUUCACCUUCUAAUACUCGGUAACAAUUUUACAGGCGCCACAGCACACCUUCAUACACCCUUUUCAUUCACACUUUCCUUGAUGACACAUUACGCGGCCGCGAUUUCAUGUUUUGACGUUUACAUCACGGCCGUACACAUUGGAGAUGACGUUGGAGUUGGAUGUACUAUGCUUCAAAAGUUCUCAGUCUUUGGGGGAUGCGUCGCCUUAAGGACAUAGCUUAGCUGGUCUAAGCUGCUCAUGGAAUCAAAGUUCAUUCUUGGGCGAAGUCGAAUAAGGUACUUCAUUAUUUGG